AUGAGAGCUAAUAAUGGAGUAAAAGAUGGCCAUGAACUUGCCAAAAGAAGGAGAAGAAGAAGUAGAAACGGGGAGAACAUGUCAGAUACUGCUUCCAAUGGCAACGUUUCUUCUAAACAAGGAAAAAAGAAGAAUUCUGUUCUUGAACAAGAAGAAAAUCGCGGUGAAAACAACACGAACAGUCGAAACCGUGAAAGCCGCCGAUAUGGCAUGAUUGUAGAAGAUAUUUACAUUGACAUGGAAGACAUUAUUUGUGAUAUUCAGAAUGGGAAAAUCUCGUUGGAUGCACUGCCUAAGUUGGGACUGUUUCCUUUACACGAGGCAGUCGCUCGCGGACUUACAAAAUAUGCCGAGAGUUUAAUAGAACUUGGAUUACAACUUACAAGCGAAACUCCUGACGGACUAACACCACUGGAGAUAGCAGUUAUGGCUGGGAAUUUUGACGCUGCUGCCUUGUUGAUUCAAUAUGGUGCUCCCAUUGAUCGAAUUCGAGAUGGAAUUCCUCAAUUUAUGUAA